AUGAUCGGACGCGCAGGUCCGGUGGCCGACCUGACGCGCGCGACGGGUCUGAACGCCGCCACGUUCGCGUCGCCCGCGCCGCUUGUGAUCGUCUAUGGAGGCGCCUCCACUGGCAAGAGUAUGGCCGUCGCACAGGCCUUGCGGACCCACUCGUCGCCGCAUACGCUCGUGGACUGCACAGCGCUGUACUCCGCCAAGGAAUUGUACCGAGAAGCUGUGGCACAGCUGCACGAGGGCGCGACAAUGGACUAUGGACUGGGGGAAGAAGAGCUGGAGAUUGCCAUGGAGACAUUGCCACCACGUGGUGGGACAGAGGCAGACGCUGAUGUGAGCAGUGGAGCGCUGCAGGACGAGGAAGACGUUUGUUCGCUGAAUUUCUUGAGCUUUUUCAAGACGCUCGACAAGUUUAUGACGCAGACUGCAGCAGCAACAAAAAGAAGAGCUGCUGGUGCAAAGCCCACGCGGCAGAUCCUGUACUUUGCACUGGAUCACGUCGACAGGCUCUUGGAUCGAGGACUGGGGGCACUGCUCACGUGUGUGUGCACGAUGAACGACCAGAUUGCCUACUUGCAUAUGUUUGAGGACGCUCCGCCGUGGGAAGUGUGUGUGCUGCUGCUGACGCGGGGAAUGUCGUUGGACUUUGAUCGACUAGUGAUGCCCUUUUAUCCAGCGUAUGUGCACUUCCCGCCGUACAAACCAGGGCAGCUGGCGGACAUUUUGGUGGAGCAGUUGGGUAUGAAGGAAGCCAACGAUAUCUUUCACACUUGGCUCGUGCAUCUGCACGGACUUUUGCCUCCUGCGCCGGAUGGGGAUUGGCUUGAGUUUCGAGCUGUGGUCGUGCAUCUGCUACCAGAGGUUCGCGACUUGUUCUUACAGCCUGUACCAGGUUGUCAAGCUUCGAGGGUCAAGAGCAAACUGGAGCGUGACACCAAAGCCCUCGUGCAGGCGUUUCUUCAGACGCGGCGAAAAGACCUUUUUGGCUACCACAAAGUGUCAGGCGGUGGCGCCGGUGAUUUAUCCGAGCUGAUUUCAUGCACCAACCUGAGCCGAAACUGCCUACUGCUCGUGCUUGCAGGCUAUCUGGCCUCGUUCAAUCCGCAAGAAACUGACGUUCGCUUCCUCUCGUCUUCUGGCGGAAUGCGUCGGAAAAAGCGUGCGAAGAAGGAUGGCGAGGGGAAGCCAAAUGCGGCACCAACUACCACUACUAGCAACAAGAAGCAGCACAUCAGUCAGUUGCUCAUCGGCCCACGGAUCUUCACGUUGCAACGGCUCCUCGCCAUUUACCUCAAUCUUCGUGUGGAAGCCGAGGCAGGAAUCGCUCUCUCCAACGACGAAUCAUGCUCUUCUGAAACACGGGAAGAAGUGUUUGCGCACCUCGCGACCCUCGUGCGAAUGCAGCUCUUCCAGCGAACCACACCCCCACACGUACUGGACAACAUCAAGUUCCGCUGCCUUGCUGACGCCCGCUUUAUCCAAGAAACUGCACGAUAUCUAUCUUUUCCGCUAGACGCCUAUCUAAAUCGAGCCGCAUAA